AUGGCUACAAAUGUGCUUUCUUCUCGUUCAUCAAAUCCACCAGCUGAUGUUUCAACAUUAAAUUCUUAUGGCGCAUUAUCUCAUUCUAAUGAUAUUGAAGUAUUACCAUCAACAACAGUAAUUAAUUCAACAUCGACGCAUAAUAAUGAAUCUGAUUCUACCAUAUCAAAUCAUUAUAAACCUCCGAAAACUCCUUGUUUAAAACCUCAACAAUCUGAAACAAUAUUUGCCAUAUUUUUAUUUACACUUGGUCUUAGUUUAUUAAUCUAUGUUAUUGUUUCAUAUUGGUUUACACAUAGUCAAAUAUCUCCAAUAAUUAUAUUUAUAUGUGGUUUACUUUGUUUUAUACCUGGUUGUUAUUAUUUAAUCGAACAUUAUUCUUUUUUAUUUCAAUGUCAACGAAAUCGUCAUCGACCUUUACAAAUAACCGAUCAAGAUGAAAUUAUUUAA